AUGUUUCAUUUUGUGAACACGGUGUUAAAAGACUUAGCUGAGGAGGAUGUGCAUUCAUCGUGGAAAGAGGAUUGCCAUUUCUUCAUUCAAUGGCACGGUAUGGCCGAAACAAGUUGCUUGGAAUCGGACGCUUUCAUUUCAACUGGUAUCAAAAAUAGCUCCAUCUACGAUAGAGAUAUACCAGCUACCAAGCUUAUGAAGAGCUUUAAUAAAUUGGCAGCAGAGCUAGGAGUUGAGCUGAAUGCCAGUACUCCUAGACAGGAUCAAUUGUGUACGUUAACAGCUGGAACUAACAUCUUUGGACGUUAUAUCAAUGGUGUUUCGCGUCUGAAUGUCUGCGGAACACCGGCAAAAGAGGAGGUAAGAUUGCUAAGAAGAAAACUUAAACUAGACUCCAACCUUGAUUCUCCUUUCAUUAUGGUGAAGACAGAGAGAAACUUUAAAUUUGGCUCUGAAAGAGGUAUGCAGUAACA